AUGCUGAAAUUAGCAUUAAUAUUUCUCGCAGCGUGCAUAACAGUCAAUAGUCAAUGUUUCGACAAGGACGAUGCGAAAGAAGCGAGUCCCGACGCUCGAAGAAAUUUGUACAAAGGCCAGAUGCACUUCACCUUAGAUCUAUUUAAUUCGAUCAACAAAGCAAUACCAGAUGAUAACAUAUUCUUCUCGCCGUUCUCCGUUUACCAUGCUUUGCUGUUGGGGUAUAUAGCUGCUGGUGGGCAGACGGAACAAGGAUUGAAGCAAGCUUUGAAAAUUGAUAACUCACUGGACAAGGUGAGCUUGUUGACUGCCUACCGAGUGGACAAGAGGUCGCGAGCGAUGAACAACAACAGCGACAGUUACGAGUUCACGAACGCAAACAAGAUGUUCGUGGACAGCGGACUCGACGUCAGACAAUGUGUGCGCGACCUACUUUUGGAUGAGCUGGAGGCUUUGAACUUCCACGACAGUCCAGGGGAGGCCCGUGACUACAUCAACAGUUGGGUGGAGCGUGUAACGAAACACAACAUUAAAGACCUCAUCCCGAUUGAUGGUGUUGGCCAGUCCACAAAACUGGUGCUCGCAAACGCUGCCUACUUCAAAGGUGUCUGGGCUUCCAAGUUCCCAGCGGAGAGAACGAAGAAGCAAGUCUUCUUUGUGUCUGAAACGAACCAGACCCUAGUUCCGUUUAUGAGGCAAAAGGGAAUUUUCCACUACAUGGUGAACGACGAUCUCGGAGCUCAAAUCUUGGAGCUUCCUUACAAGGGCAAUGACAUAAGCAUGUACAUUCUUCUGCCACCUUAUUCUAUGAAGGAAGGCCUAUCGAACAUCAUUGCAAAGUUGACACCAGAUCGCUUAGCAGCCGUCGUCAACGAAGACUACAUGGGUCGCGAAGUUGUGGUUGAAAUACCCAAAUUUACAAUCGAAAAGACCUUGCCGUUGCGACCAAUUCUUGAAACUUUGGGUGUGGGUGACCUGUUCAACGCGACUUCAGACUUCUCUACCCUGACUGACGAUCGUGGAAUUCUCUUCGACGAUGCCAUUCACAAAGCAAAGAUACAGGUGGAUGAAGAAGGUACAGUAGCAGCGGCCGCCACCGCCAUCUUCGGCUUCCGUUCUUCUCGUCCAGCGGAGCCGAGCGUUUUUAUAGCAAACUUCCCUUUCGUGUACGUCCUAUAUGAGAGACCCACCAAAUCAAUUCUCUUCAUGGGCGUCUACAGGAACCCCAAGAAGUAA